UAAAAUUUGGUCUCUCGACUUUCAUGAAAACAUUUGGCGCGUGGGACCCUCCGUUUUGGAUGUUAAUGAAUACUACGGACGUAUAGACAUCUGCUGGGAGCCAUGGCGAGUGUAAACUUAUCAGAUUCUGAAAGUGAGGAUGAGAGACCAAUGCUGGGUGGUAAUAUGGGGAUGGGGUCAUUUGCCCCUUCAGGUAAACAUAAACUGGAAGACACAGGAAGGGAUCAUGAGGAAGGACCAUCACUCAAAAAACCCAGAAAGGAUAAAGGCAGUAGUUACACAGAAAAAGCUAAAAGGAUGAUGGCAUUGAUGGGAUACCAAGCGGGAAAGGGUUUGGGUAAAAAUGAACAGGGUAGAACAGAAAUUGUAGAGGCCUCAAAACAGAAAGGUCGCAGAGGAUUGGGUCUUCGUCUCGCAGCUCUGGAGCCUGAUGAUGAGGCAGAUUGGGACUUUGAGGCCGAGUCUAUAACUAUUGAGGAAUCAGUUGACUGGCUCCCAAGAUGUGAGCAAGCAGUACCUGACAUUGAGACCCUAAGGAAAUGGAAACUAAUUGGUCCUAAAAAACGAACAAUUGAGGAUGAAACAAAGUUCUGCGAUGAAGAUGUGUUGAGAGGAAUCUUGAAUAGUAAGGUCUGGUACCAGGCCAUUACAUUCCUCAACACCAAUCGCCGAGGGAAACGGAGUAAAUCGUCUGCCCCCCUACGGAUCCUAAACAUCAAUUUCCAGUCUCUCAAACAGAAGCUGCCCAGGCUGGCCAACGUCAUUGACCGUACCAAUUUUAAACCAGACAUCAUUAUUGGGACUGAGACUUGGCUGGAUCCCAACAUAAAAGAUAGUGAAAUCUGUCUAGAGGGAUACAGCGUCUACCUUAAAGACAGGGUCACACGCGGAGGUGGCGGCGUACUCAUCGCAAUCUGCGAAACCUUAAAAUGUGACACAGUACUGGAACUGGACAGUAACUGCGUACUCUUAUGGGUAAAACUGCAAACCACUGGACAUAGUAACAUCUAUAUUUGUGCCUACUACCGCAGACACACCUCGGACAAGGAAAGCCUCAACCAAUUCGAAUUAUAUGUCUACAGAGCACGUAACAACCAGAACACAACUAUCAUCAUAGGAGGUGACCUCAACUUUCCAGGAGGGGACUGGUCCCAUAACAGCUUAAAACCAGGUGCACCCAAUAUACCCUUCCAUCACCAAUUCAAGGACGUGCUGGAUUCAAACCACCUAAUCCAGUCAGUGCAUGAGAAUACCAGGAAAGAUAACAACCUAGACCUCCUCAUUACUAAUGCACCAAGCAUCGUCCAACGUGUUGACGUCCUACCAGGAAUAUCAGAUCAUGAUAUAGUCUUUGGUGAGUUUGACGUCCACCCAGUUCGACUAGAUCAACAGCGACGUCAAAUACCACUCUACAGCAAAGCAAACCGGUGUGGCUUUAUUGAAGAAUUCCACUCGAUUCUUCAGGUAUUCGAGGACAUGUCCAAAGACGCCAGUGUCACAGCUAACGACAUGUGGAUCGUAUUCAAGAACGCCAUCAUGAAAGGAUUUAAGAAAUUCUGGACCUUCAUCAAACAUAAGCGGAAGGACAAGUUUGAAAUCCCCUCACUGAAGCACGAAGGCAAACCAUUCUCUGACGCCACAACCUUCUCCGAGAAAACUACCUUCACCCGCGAGGAGUUUAUAUCAUCUGGAAGAAUGAACCCUUCCCCGGACUCCCCAAUCAUUGACAACAUCAACUUCACCACGAACGGGAUUGGUGGGCACUUUGUAUGUAAGCUGUUUGAUCUUUUUACACCGUUCAGUAUGGGUCUUGUGUACUUGAUGUAUCGCAUAUUUGACCGUGUGUCCAUCUUCAAACCUGUUACCAGCAGACCAGCCAACUCAGAAAGGUACAUUGUAUGCCGGAACCUGAGAGGAGACAGGGAACCUGUUAGACAGUACAUGCACGAGAUCAACUUGGAUCUGAACAAAUUCAUGUCAGCGACAUCAGAAAAAGACAUCAAUGAGGUUGUACCAAACUCAUUACUGGAGGGAGAUGAUGAGUUUUUCCAGUACAUGUACGAAUCCAAUUUGUUACUUGGGCGGCUACAGAUCACCAGUCUCAAGAAGAUACAGACAUUUACACAGAACAGUGACCUCUAUGAAGGACGUCAGUCUGAGAUUCGACGACAGUGUCUGGAGCGCUGGCAGAUACCAGACCAAGUGCGAUCAGCUCCUAGUAAAGAGGAUCCCUUCAGGAAGUUUCAGGAAAUCACGCAGGAUGAAGAUGAAGAUUUCUUUGAGCAUUCUGUCAGCCAUUUAACACAUGACAGUCUGGCCGCUAUAAAGACUCCGUACGACUACAGGUGUUAUGUGGUCGGAGGACUAGAGAAGAAGAGAUGGUACAUUCUGGGACUAGGGCGAUCUCAUGUGUUUAAGUGGGAUGGGAAUCCUAAAACAAAGUGGAGAAAGAUGGAAGAAAAUAUGAGAAUUGAGCUCCCUUACAAGACUCUCAUUGAGGUGGAGUUUGUACAGGAGUUUAAAGGGGAGGGUAUGGGACAGAAGAGACUGAUGACACUACAUGCCCUAGAUGCCUUUUUUCUUUACGGAAAGGAUGUGAGAUACUUACACUUUAACGAGAGAAUGGAAAAGCUUAAGAAAUUUGUGAAGGCAGUCAACAAACCAACACGAUCAGAUCUGGUCCAGAUCGUGGUGCCCAACAUCUUCAGGCUGGAACACAUUGAACAGAUAUUUGAAAGAUUAGCCAUGAAGAAGGUGAAGGGUUCAAGUCAGCUCAGACUGUGUUACUCUCCCCCAGACAGAAAAGAUGGCCGAAGCUUUCUACCUACAGGUGUCUGCUUUGUCAAGACCUGUAAAGAUCCAUGGACUAUUGCACUGAGCAGAUCUAAGGGCAGGAAAUAUUUCUACAAUCUCCAUAGCAAGGAAUCAAAGUUCGAAAUUCCACGAGAAAGCAUAGCGUCUGUGAGAGAUACCAAGCUGAAUACGUGGUGGUGGGUGUGGGAGGAGGGAGUGAAGAUCCACGAUAGCCAGACCUUCAAUCCACACACAGACAAGGUAUCCAAGGACGAAAUUCUCAGUGUCAUUCAGGGACUGUUGGACAAACUCACCGGUCAGCGGUGACACAUUCAGUGGACAGUGCUGACUUAAAACUGGACGAAAUCCGGAAAAAAUACUCUCUACGUGACAAGCUGCACUCCGCCAAUUAAAGCCUCCCAUUAUAACUGGAGGAACUAUUGGUCUGGAUGAAUGGGGGUUAAUGAUUUUUAAUGACAUGCUGUGGCUGUUAAAAUGUAUUUACAGCAAUUUAGUUUUGUUAUGAGACUAAGCACAACAGAACUUUUUUGGAGUAUUUGUCGAUUUUAUCCCGAUUUUACAUGUACCGGUGUUUGUAAAGUCACGAAAAGCAGGCCCAGUUGUUGUUGGACCACUGACGUGGUUAGGAUGUUAACGUUGCCCAUCAGAUGUAAGAAUGAACUUAUUGUUGGAAGUUAGUGCAGCAGUUGUGUAACUACUGACGUUGUUAAAAGAUUUGACUUGUAGUACAUGUAAAAUGAUUACGGUUGUGAUUCGUAUAUAACCCAGUCAUUAUUUAUCUAUAAGUACAUGGUUAUGAGAUGGUGCAGUAGUUGCGUGACUACAGAUGUGGUUAUCAUUAAGUUGUCCCAGUAGUUGUGUGACUAUGGACGUGGUUAUAAUUAAGUUGUCCCAGUAGUUGUGUGACUACGGACGUGGUUAUAAUUAAGUUGUCCCAGUAGUUGUGUGACUACGGACGUGGUAAUGAUUAAGUUGUCCCAGUAGUUGCGUGACUACAGACUUGGUUAUAAUUAAGUUGUCCCAGUAGUUGUGUGACUACGGACGUGGUUAUAAUUACUUUGUCCCAGUAGUUGUGUGACUACGGAUGUGGUUAUAAUUAAGUUGUCCCCGUAGUUGUGUGACUAUGGACGUGCUUAUAAUUACUUUGUCCCAGUAGUUGUGUGACUAUGGAUGUGGUUAUCAUUAAGUUGUCCCAGUAGUUGCGUGACUACGGACGUGGUUAUAAUUAAGUUGUACCAGUAGUUGUGUGACUACGGGCGUGCUUAUAAUUAAGUUGUCCCAGUAGUUGUGUGACUACGGACGUGCUUAUAAUUACUUUGUCCCAGUAGCUGUGUGACUACGGACAUGGUUAUAAUUAAGUUGUCCCAGUAGUUGUGUGACUACGGGCGUGCUUAUAAUUAAGUUGUCCCAGUACCUGUUUGACUAGGGACUGGGUUAUAAUUACUUUGUACCUGUAGUUGUGUGACUACGGACGUGGUUAUGAUUAAGUUGUCCCAGUAGUUGUGUGACUACGGACGUGCUUAUAAUUAAGUUGUCCUAGUAGUUGUGUGACUACAGACGUGGUUAUAAUUAAGUUGUCCCAGUAGUUGUGUGACUACGGACGUGGUAAUAAUUACUUUGUCCCAGUAGUUUUGUGACUACGGACGUGGUUAUUAUAAAGUUGUCCCAGUAGUUGUGUGACUACGGACGUGGUUAUAAUUACUUUAUACCUGUAGUUGUGUGACUACGGACGUGGUUAUGAUUAAGUUGUCCCAGUAGUUGUGUGAGUACGGACGUGGUUAUAAUUAAGUUGUCCCAGUAGUUGUGUGACUACGGAUGUGGUAAUAAUUACUUUGUCCCAGUAGUUGUAUGACUACGGACGUGGUUAUUAUAAAGUUGUCCCAGUAGUUGUGUGACUAUGGACGUGGUUAUAAUUAAUUUGUCCCAGUACCUGUUUGACUAGGGACUGGGUUAUAAAUACUUUGUCCCAAUGGUUGUGCGACAAUGGACGUGGUUAUAAUUUAGUUGUCCCACUAU